AUGCUCAGAGUUGCCCUUCUCCACUUCACUCUUCACAUCAUACACGCAGUGGUGGCCUGGCAGGUCCCCGCCGAGUACGCUAUUACGCCCUCACCGGACGGCCGAUUCCUGCAGCAGUCCAACGGCAAGCCAUUCUUCUGGCAGGCCGACACCGCGUGGCUGCUAUUCCACCGGCUCAACCACAGCGAGGCGGAGACCUACCUGUCCGACCGCGCACGCAAGGGAUUCACGGUCGUUCUCGCUGUCGGCUUCACCCAGGAAGGGAUCACCAAUCCCAACCGCAACGGGGACCUAACGUUCAUCGACGAAGAUGUGACCCGGCCGAAUGAGGCGUACUGGGCCUAUAUCGACUCAAUCGUCGCACUGGCUUGGAGUAAAGGCAUCCGGAUCUGUCUGGUGCCCGCGUGGGGCAAGUUCGUGCAUGGAAGCGACAACUCCGCCAGCGUCCUCAAUUCAACGACGGCCUCCCCCUUCGGCCACUUCAUUGGCCAACGGUACCCCUACCUUCCCAAGACCCUCGUGGCCGACACCAACCCCUACUGGCAGAACAAGACCGCUGUCAAGGCAGACUACCUCCGAGGAGGAGUCUCCCCGACCCAUGAAGUGGUGGACUGGUCGCCUGUCUACGAUGCAUUGGCCGAGGGAAUCGUGGCCGGCGAGAGACAAGCCAUUAAAUCGGCAUCAUCACCAUCCUCAGCAGCAGACAAGUGGCAACCCCUGAUGACCAUCCACCCCACCAACCAAUGGUUCACAGGCGGUCCCAUCGCCCUGGCGCACGCCUUUUUCGGGAACCGCAGCUGGCUCACGCUGGACACCAGCCAGUCCGGCCACACGGACUACGCGCCCAACCCUCCGAUCCCGUGGUGGAACUGUCGACGGGGCUGGGAGCCUGUCGAGCGCAUGUACGUGGGGGGAAACCCCUCCCAGCAGCAACCUGGCAGCAAACCGCGACCGGUCCUCGACAACGAGGCGCACUACGAGCACCGGUACAAUGACGGGAACCCGGACUCGUUCUACUGGAAUGCCAGCGACGUGCGUAUCGGGAGCUGGCAGGCGGUCUUCUCCGGUGCCGCAGGCCUAACCUACGGUGCCAACGCCGUGCAACAAAUCGCCAUCCCCGGAUUAUACGCCUCGGAUGGCAGUGGACCAGGCGAUGACUGGGAGCAGGACCUCGUGCUCCCGGGGUCCAGUCAGAUGCAGUGGAUCCAGAAGGUGGUGAUAGAUCGGGGCCAGGACAGCUAUUUCCGACGCGUGCCGGCGCAGGAUCUGCUGGUCGGGGAGGUGGGAGCGGAUGAUGCCAGGGUCACCGCAACCAGAGAUCGUGGCGGAGAUUGGAUCCUGGUGUAUACGCCCACGGGCCAGGAGUUCCAGGUUAAUACCGGGGGGUUGGGCUCGUGUCAAGUGCGCGCGAGUUGGUUUGAUCCGUUGGAUGAGACGUAUACCUCGUUGGAGUACGCACAGUGCGGACAGGGUUCGGUGCGAACGUUCACGCCGCCGGUUGGACAGGGGCAUGAGGAUUGGGUUCUGGUGUUGGAGGUGGUUUGA